AUGUCUGGCAGCACCUCACCCACCACCUCCGCGGCCCAGCAUGGCGCGCUUCAAUUCUCAUUGGAGGAGCUGGCUGCAGGCGGUAUUGCUGGCUUCGCGGAGCACUUUGUAAUGUUUCCCUGCGACACGAUCAAGACGCGCAUGCAGGGCGGGGGUGCGCGAAGUAUCUGCCACGUUGUGAGACACUUGUGGAACCACGAGCGGCUAACACACCUCUAUCGCGGAUGCGUGCCGGUGCUCGUGUCAGCGAUUCCAGCGCAUGGUGCGUACUUCAGCGUGUACGAGGCCCUCAAGCGCCUCUUUGGCGACGACACCAACAUGGGCAUCGCUGCUGCGGCUUCGUUUUCCACUGUCGCCCACGACACGGUAUCUACGCCGUUCGACGUGAUUAAGCAACGGAUGCAAAUGGACAAGCACCGCUGCUUUAGUAGCUCGGUAGAGUGUGCCAGGCGAAUUGUGCGAACCGAAGGCGUCGGGGCCCUUUUCGCUUCGUUGCCGACGACGGUGAUAAUGAAUAUUCCUCAUUUCUCGGCCUACUGGCUCGCCUACGAGGGUUUCCUUGCGUCUCGCGGGCAUGGCAACGUGCGCAACCGCGAAGACGAGAUGACGGUAGACUACAUGGCCGCUGGCUUUGUGGCAGGCGCGUGCGCGGCGGUUGUCUCAUUCCCCUUUGACACGGUCAAAACACAUCUUCAGCUCGGUCACGGGAUGGGCUUCCGUCACACUCUGAGUGAGUUGAUCCAGCUACGAGGAGUGCGCGGCGUCUAUUCUGGUGUUGUACCGCGCAUCCUCUACACAGCUCCCUCUGGCGCCAUCAUGAUGGUGACGUACGAAACCGUGAAGAGCGCGCUAGCAUCCCACAAGAGUCUCUUGUGA